ACUUGUGUUCACUCCUUAUAUCUGUUCACUAAUUGUUUGUUAAGUUAUUGUUGUUUUUCACAAUUAAUAAUCACUUCAUUAUUACAACAAACCAUUCAAUCGUUUAUUGCAUUCAUUAUUCAAUACAUUAUAUAAACUGGGAUUUAAUCACUGAUUAUAGCAUUGGUUUGACUUCAAAAGCAAAGGAUUGACGCAAAUAUCAAAUCUCCAAACAGACGGUUAUAUAACAACAUAAUAGUGAAAAUGCCGGGAAUGUGCGGUCGGUGUCAGAAGACUGUCUACUUUAAUGAAGAGAAGAUGGCUAUCGGGAAGAGCUUUCAUGUCAUGUGCUUUGUUUGCGCAAACAAGUCGUGUAACCGACGGCUAGACAGCGGAAAUCUGACGGAACAUAACGGAGAGAUAUAUUGCCGAUCGUGUUAUGGAAAACUAUUUGGACCCAAAGGGUAU